UAUGUUCACCUAGACUUAUGCACAUCGAGUUCGAGACUAGCUAACAUUUUGAUUUGAUGUUGAAACUCUAUACUCUUAUCUACACUUAAACAAAAGUUAAGUAAAUAAAAUGGGCCAGGCUUCCAUGGGCCAGAGCUAAAUGGGCCUCAGAUCUAGAUAUUUCGAAUCGACACUUCUCCCGUUUUAAAACUCGCAAACUGCCACCACACAACUCCGAUCUCAACCUUCGCUGUACAGAAAAAAAAAAACCAAAUCAAAGGAGAGAAAUCCCCGACCCGGAAUCCGACCCGAAAACCCGGACGUUACGUUUCACAAUGGGCAAGGACGGCUUGAGCGACGAGCAGGUCUCCUCAAUGAAGGAAGCCUUCACGCUCUUCGACACCGACGGCGACGGCAAAAUCGCCCCCUCCGAGCUCGGGAUCCUGAUGCGAUCCCUCGGCGGGAACCCGACCCAAGCCCAGCUGAAAUCCAUAACCGCCUCCGAGAGCCUCACCUCCCCCUUCGAUUUCAGCCGUUUCCUCGAUCUGAUGGCGAAGCAUUUGAAGACGGAGCCGUUCGAUCGCCAGCUCAGGGAUGCUUUCAAGGUGCUCGACAAGGAAGGGAGUGGGUUUGUUGCCGUUGCGGAUCUGAGGCAUAUAUUGACGAGUAUCGGGGAGAAGCUGGAGGGGAGUGAGUUUGAUGAGUGGAUCAAGGAGGUGGAUGUGGGAUCCGAUGGGAAGAUUAGGUAUGAGGAUUUUAUUGCGAGGAUGGUUGCUAAGUAGUGAGGAUCUUGUUUGUUUGUUUGUUGCUUUUGUUUUUGGAAUGUUACUAACUUUUAUUGUUGUUUGGUUUGUUAUGGAGAUGUUUUGUGUGGUGGUGAUUGGUUGAAGUUUUAAUCUUUAUGCGUUUGUAGUUUGUUGGUUUUUGGAUCAAUGAAUGUAAUUGAGUCCAAAUGUGUUUUACUUUUUGGUUCUUUUAAUC